ACAAUUAAGAGCACCCUCUCAGAGCAGCUUCUGUAGUUAAUUUGCUUCCCUUUUUUCACACUCACUCUCACUAAAUGGCUUCCUCUGUUGCUUUAGUUUUGGGUCUAUGUCUAGCACUCAACAUGGUUCUGCCGACACGUGCAGCUACCCACACAGUGGGAGACACCUCAGGUUGGGCACUCGGUGCUGAUUACAGUACAUGGGCCAGUGGCUUGAAAUUGAAAGUCGGAGAUAGUCUUGUUUUCAAUUAUGGGGCUGGUCACACAGUGGACGAAGUGAAAGAAAGUGAUUACAAGAGCUGCACCACAGGCAAUUCACUAAGCACAGACAGCAGUGGCACCACCACAAUCACCCUCAAGACUGCCGGCACUCACUACUUCAUAUGUGCUUCUCCUGGCCAUUGUGAUGGUGGUAUGAAGCUUGCUGUUAAAGUAAAGGCUAAAAAAGCAUCUGCUCCUGCUACAGCACCUUCACCAGCUGCAAAGGACUCACCUUCUGAUUCUGAUGACACCAAAGACACACCCACUUCCACCUCCACUAACCCUAAAACUUCAACCUCCACCACCCCUUCAACUGAAACCUCCACCACUACCACAUCUUCUUAUACAUCAUCUGCAACUGCUGCUGGCUCACCAAUUGUUGCUAUGUUUUUUGCUUCUUUGAUCCCAUACUUUGUGUUGCGUUUGAUGUGAAUUUGAGGGGAGAUGUUAUGGAGUCAGGACAGAGGCAGUGCUUUCGGGGUUUCCUUGCCUUUCAAUCUGUUUACUCUGUUUUCUUCUUUUGAUCCAAUUGACCAAUUCAGAUUUUGCUAUGACUAUGAGUGAUAUUUAUUCUAAUAUAUGUUUAUUGUAUGUUCUUUA